AAUAAUAAUAAUAAUAAUAAUAAAUUAAUCUAAAAAAACAACAACACUAUCUUUUCCGAAUUCUAAACAAUCGUUGUUGUGUUCUGUUGUGUUGUCAUCGACCAACAACAAAGUUGCAAACUUUUCAAUUUUCCAGCUCAAAUUCUCUUGUUUUGCUUACUGGGUCAUCUCAUCUAUCUUCAAUUCAAGCUAUGCGUGGAGCUGAAGGAGAAGGUGGUGGUGGUGGUGGUGGUGGUUGUGCUGUCAGAGGUGGUAAUAUCUAUUGGGGAAGAAAACAUGAUACUGAUUUCAAAGGAAUUGUUGUAAUCUUUGCUUGGGUUUCAGUUCCACAAACGUUGUUACAAGAUUUCGUUGACCUUUACUCCUCUUUGGGAUGGAAUUCUCUUGUUUGUUAUGCUCAUUAUUUAACCGCAUUCAAUGAGGAAAGCACCGUGCCAUUGGCAUUUUAUGUUUUUGAUGAACUUGUCGAGGUACUGAGGACUAGACCAUGUCCUGUUGUAUUUGCUUCUUUUUCUGCCGGAUCAAAAGCUUGUCUGUACAAAUUAUUUCAGCUUAGUGAAGGAAGAUGUACAGCUCCACUCAACUUGCAUGACUGCCAAUUGUUUAGAAACUGUGUUUCUGGACAUAUAUAUGAUUCUGGCCCUCUAGAUGUUACAAGUGAUUUUGGCUUCCGCUUUUCUCUACACCCUUCCAUCGCAAAAGUGCCCGGACCAUCAAAGCUUGCUUCUUUGGUAGCAAAGUCUGUUGCAUCUGGUUUAGAUGCUUUAUACUUGACUAGGUUUGAAUCUCAAUCAGCCGAACAUUGGCAGGCUUUAUAUUCUUCAGUUAACUUUGGGGCUCCGUUUCUAAUUUUAUGUUCGGAGAAUGAUGACCUUGUGAGAUAUCAAAGUAUAUAUGAUUUUGCUCAACGAUUACGCAAUCUCAAUGGUGAUGUCAAUCUUGUAAAUAUGAGAAGCUCCUCUCAUGUUGGUCAUUACAGACAUCAUCCAAUCCAAUACAGAGCUGCUGUGAGCCAUUUAUUGGAGAAGGCCGUGUCAACGUAUUCACGAAAAGUGAUACUUGAACGAGAAAGAACUGGUAUAGACGGUACGCAUGAUGAGAUAUCCGAGUUAAUUUGUGACCUGCAGAAAGUUGCAAUCAAUUCAAAUGAGAGCUUUAGAAGAGUUGCAGUAGGUCCAAGUGACCACUUCUUUUUGCCUAGUUCAGCAGGACAUAACAACAGUGAUAGAGAAUCUGGGAUUCCACGCGACGAACAGAAAGAAGAGCCUGUUUGUGUUCCGAGUUUCCCUAGCAUCAGCGCUCACAGUGUUCUUGGGCAAUUUCUUUUUGACGUUUGUGUUCCUAAGAAUGUUGAAGGUUGGGAUGUGAAAUUAUGCGGGAAUCUAAAUGGGAGGUCGUGUGCUUCAGCUCCUAGGCAUUCACCUUUUAGAGGUAUUAAACGCGUUGGUCGCUCCAGGUUAUGAAGGUGCUCGCUCAGAUCUGACUUGAGAAGAUACUUUGCGAUAAUUUUGUUUGAAGCAUCACGAAUUUUCUGAGACAAUGAAGGAUGUGAAUAUGAUAGAUUUUUUGGUGCAACAAUGAACCGGCCAUUGUUUCUGGCAGUAAUGGUUGUGAUGAUUCAACUAUCAAUUUCACGGUUGAUGUGAAGGGUGAUAAGGAUAGUUCCAUCAGAUUUGAUUGCCGUAGAAAUAAACAGGUGAUCAUAAGUUAUAACUGUUGUCACUCAUGAAGGAGAAUACUUACUGUUAGAAAUAAACUGGGUGAUGUUUGACUAUGGUAACUACUCACUAGGUUAUAUAUUUGUUUGAAAUAGGAAAUAUGUACUUGGUGCAUGAAAAUUUCUGUAUAUAUAUACACACACAUUGACACAUAUAUAUGAGGGAAUAAAGUGCCAUGUUUAAGGCUGAAAAUUGUAAAUUAGACAUGUCUAACAUGUAAAAAAAGAGAAUCUUUCAGGGUUUUACUUUGUUUGAUUUGUGGAUAGGAGUUUCAAGUCUCUUGAUUACUGAAUAGUAUUAUUUGGCAGAA